UACAGGUACACUUUUAAAUCUCUAUAGAUCAAACUUUGAAGGUAAUUUCCUGGAAGACACCGCCUACAGAGGCAUGGCACAACAAAGACCUGCUAACAGUGAUCAAAUAUACAGACCAUCCCGCAAGAGGAACCAGAGAACACCGCCUCGGUCACAAUGGAACAGCCAAAGUUAGGAGAUCUGAUUGAAAUUUCCCAUAAAGAUUUUCAACACUGGGCUGUUUAUGUCGGCAAUGGUAAAGUGGUGCACCUCACUACUUCAGAUGGGAUCUGCAAUUCACCGGGCACCCGGAGAGGAGAGGUUAAGAAGGAACCUCUCACAGAGGUGGUUGGAGAUUGCCAAUUCAAAGUGUGCAACCUGCAGGAUGCCUGGGAAACUCCGUACCAGCCUGAGCAAAUCGCGAAGAGAGCGUGGGCCUGCGUCGGCAAGACGAUGACUUACAGCUGCGAUAAAUACACUUGCGAGCACUUUGCAAUCGAGAUGCGCUACGGAAAAAUGUUACUCCGCGACUGCCGCCUCAUUUGAGCGUCUUCACAGCUGUAACUCUGGCAGUGGUUUGGUUGAUAAAAAAAUAAAAAAAUAAUAAGCGACGCUUUCCACUCGGAUGACGAUCGCAAAAUGAACUUGAUUCAACUUCUCUCUGCAAUGCCUGUGUCUUUAUUGCUGAAACUCCUGUUGGGAUGGAAAUCAUGAUUGAGACGCAGCUAAAAUGAUCUGAUAUUUUAACUGGUAGAUGUUUUAUUUUAUACCAGACCUCUCUGUGCUUUACAAUGCUUCCCUGUGCUUUACCAGACCUCUCUGUGCUUUACAAUGCUUCCCUAUGCUUUACCAGACCUCUCUGUGCUUUACAAUGCUUCCCUAUGCUUUACUAGACCUCUCUGUGCUUUACAAUGCUUCCCUAUGCUUUACCAGACCUAUCUGUGCUUUACAAUGCUUCCCUAUGCUUUACCAGACCUCUCUGUGCUUUACAAUGCUUCCCUAUGCUUUACCAGACCUCUCUGUGCUUUACAAUGCUUCCCUAUGCUUUACCAGACCUCUCUGUGCUUUACAAUGCUUCCCUAUGCUUUA